GUUGGGCUCAUCUUUUCGGAAGAUCACCUUUCUACUUUCUCGGCACCAACACUGCACGACCAUGAGCGAAGAAGAACGAGGUUUUGUGCAUGAUUUGGUAGACGGCGCUUGCCCUCAGUUCGUUCAGGAUGGCUGUGGCUGCGAUGCUUGCUGUGGCCAUUGCGCCGACUGCUUGGAGUCUGUGACUCCAUUCCUGGAAUGUUUUGCGGAUCUGAUUUGGGUGUUUGGUUCGCCGUUGGCCUUUCCUAUCAUCUUUUGCUUUGACCCAGAGACAACGGACACUGGAGGAUGGAGAAUCAGCAUGUUGGAAACUCCCACGAGACGACCCAUCGAAUGUUGUGGGGCCAUGAUGUGCUGCCCUUGCGGUCAAUGGUACCUGCGAAAGAAAGCCUUGGGCGGUGAUAUGACCAAAUACAAGCUUUGGCAAGGUAUGCAUGAUGGACCUCAGUGCAUGGCAAGACGUUGCCCUGGAGCACCCAUCACCAUUGAAUCUGGUACCUACGGGGAAUCCGAUUGUCCCGAUGCCUUUUUAUGCUUUGAAGUAUGGUGCGCGGCUGGAUUCUGGUCCACAUGUUGCGCGUUUGAUGUCACCAGACGAAUGAUGAAGCAGGAACGAAACCUGGGCUCGGAUCCCACAGAAAUUCGCCAAGAAAAGUGCGUUGCCUUUUUCGGUGAGAUUGCCAGCAAGUGCUGUAUGCUCGCCUGCUGUGUGUGGGUUACCGGUGCUUGUAUAUCCUGUUUGGCUCAGGAUUCGGAAGGAGCCCAAGAUUUGGGCGGAGCCACAGGACGGGCCAGUCGAGCUUGUUGUGAAAUUGUUAAUACUCUUUGGAGAGGUAUCUGGUCCGUCAAGGUGAUUGCCAUCGGAUGUAUGAGUGGCCAGAUGGUUGAAGAAAUCGAGGCAGGCGAUGGAGGUCCGUCCGCGCCACAGGGAAAUCGAAUGCAGCGAUGAUCACCAGGCACGAAAACCUGGCUGCCUGGCUGUUGCUACCUGCUGCUUGUCCUCUCCAUGCAACCUUCCAAUUCCCUUUCUAGACUCAAAUUGCUUGGAGCGAGUUCACCCCUAAGCCUAGCUAGGUCUUCUGUGUAAUAGUAGUUGAUUUUAGUGACACAUACCUGGGUUGCUGGCUGCCUUGCGAUGGCCUUCUUGUGGCUAGGUACGGUAGUGCCGAGUAACGCACGAUAGGCACUGUCUCGAGAGCGUUGCUGUUUGCUCACUGAGAGCUUCGCUGAGCAUGCAUGAAGAAUUGUAGUUUUUAGACUGUAUACUCGUCGGCUGUUAGGUGGGUUUUGACAAGCACAAGCCACCUAUGAUGCAGCCAUGGGGUUGACUGAGCAGAUCUAGUCGUCUGAGUCGUCCCAAAAAAGCAUUAGCUUGCCGGUGCGAUGCCUCUUCAUGGCAAACUGCUGAAGGGUGGAAAGGACUGAGGAGAGAAAUUCAAGGAAACUUUGGGGCAGUUGCAUUGCGAAGGAAUCCAGAAGCCCAGGGACAUGAUGUCCUCUCUCUGUCUCUCUCUCUCUCUCUUUGUGUGUUCUGCUAAAGAGAUUUCGAGGGCAGUGCUCGAUACUACUGGCUAGCUAACUAGCUAGAGUAUACUUACAUCAGCCACUGGUUUGUAUUCUUUGAAGCAGUCCAAGUCGCCCUCAACACCAGAGUAAUAAGGAGGCAAUAGAUCGCGAGGAUACCUUUCGCUUGCCAGCUAAAUCCAAGUGGCGCAGUCAUUUGCGGACAGGAGGCCUGGCAAUUGGUUUGUAACCAUUGUGACAGCUUCUACCAAUUCAUCUGUCACAGCUAACGGUAGCUAGGGAUACGGGCUGGAUGAUCACAACACUACUACACUGUGUAGUAUUUAAUCCAGGUUUCACGAUCAUGGCUAGGACUCGGCAAUGCAACUGCAGCCUUGGGUACUAUUACCGAUAGCAAGUACUCAACUUGUUGUCAAAAGCAAGGUUUUCUAGCUAGAUGUUACAUGGAUGUCUCCUUUCCAC